GUAUAUCGAUAUUUUGAUACAUGUUCGACCUCAGUCGCGACAUUCAGCUCCAUCAAAACAUUUAAAUUUAAUAAAUAAUGCAGCGGGGCAUCGACAGUUUCUUCAAACGCAUUCCAAGCAAAGCCAAAGAAGUCAAGGAUGACAAUGGGAACGAAGAGACGCCGUCAAAGGCGCCAAAACGCAGAAAGGCUUUGAUAAUCUCCAGUGAUGAGGACGAGGUUCCACCCACUCCGCACGACACUAAGAGACGAAAGACCUCCAAGGUUGUGUCCAGCGAAGAUGAAAAGAUUGAAGCCACCCCCGAGCCGGAUUCGAAAAAGAAAAAAUCGAGCCACACAAAUGGCAAGAAACCUUCGCUCACAAAGCUCAAGAAGCCUGUGGACCCCACAGAGCUUUUCGGUGGGGAAACCAAGCGCGUGGUGGUGCCCAAGCCGAAGACGAAGGCGGUUCUGGAAUUCGAGAACGAAGAUAUAGACAAGAGUCUCAUGGAAGUGGAUAUGGAGGAGAGCCUUCGAGUGGAGGAGGAACGCCAUCCGGCUGAAAAGGAGUCUGUUCCACCACCAAAGUCUCCCACUCCCAAAAAAGCCAAGAAGUCCAGCCCAGAUGCUCCAUUUGUUAAGGAGUCCAAAUCCAAGUCCUCCACUCCACGGGCAAAGAAGGAGAAACCGCAUGCAGAUCUAGAAACAAGCGUGCUUACAGAUGAGGAGCGCCACGAGCGGAAACGCAUGUCCGCCGUGCUUUACCAGAAGUACAAGAACCGCAGUAGUUGCCUAAAUCCAGGCAGCAAGGAAAUACCCAAGGGAACUCCCAACUGUCUCAGCGGACUUACGUUUGUAGUCACUGGAGUUUUGGAAUCCAUGGAGCGCGAGGAAGCAGAGUCGGUGAUCAAGGAGCUCGGUGGUCGAGUGAUGACUGUCGUGGGCAAGAAGCUCCAGUAUUUGGUGGUGGGCGAAGAGGCGGGUCCUAAAAAACUGGCAGUUGCAGAAGAGCUUAACAUCCCCAUCCUUAGUGAGGAUGGGCUGUUCGAUCUAAUAAGAGAGAAAUCAGGACUAUCCAAGCUUGUAAAAGAGGAGAAAAAGAGUCCCAAAAAGGAGCAGAGCUCUCGGGAAGUAAAGAAGGAAAAUAGCCACUCCGGCUCAAAGGAAGAGAAAACAUCUACAAAAUCCAAAGUCAAAGAGGAAAAGGGGGUCACGAAGCAUAAAGUAAAAGAAGAGCCUGUUUCUCCCAAGGCAAAGAAGGCUAAGCUUGAGGACAACGUUCCGGCCGUAACCAUGAAGGUAAAGAAGGAGGAGCCCAGCUCCCAAGAGCAAAAAGUGUUUGUAAAUGGAGCCGCAGAGGCGAAACCCCAGGACCUGCUCGGCAUGGCCUGGGUGGACAAACACAAGCCUUCGAACAUUAAGGAGAUUGUGGGACAGGCAGGAGCCGCCAGCAACGUGACUAAACUAAUGAACUGGCUUUCCAAAUGGUAUGUGAACCACGAUGGAAAAAAGAAGCCUCAGCGACCAAACCCCUGGGCCAAAAACGACGAUGGCAGCUUCUUCAAAGCAGCAUUACUGUCUGGACCUCCGGGUAUAGGAAAGACCACAACUGCCACUUUAGUUGCUAAAGAGCUCGGUUUUGACGCUGUGGAGUUCAAUGCCUCGGACACGCGAAGCAAGCGCUUACUGAAGGAAGAAGUGGCUACUCUACUGGGCAACAAAUCCCUGGCCGGCUACUUCAAUGGCCAGGGGCAGGCAGUGUCCCGGAAGCACGUGCUUCUAAUGGACGAGGUGGACGGAAUGGCUGGAAAUGAGGAUCGUGGCGGCAUGCAAGAGCUGAUCGCUCUGAUCAAGGAUAGCUCCAUUCCCAUCAUCUGUAUGUGUAACGAUCGUAACCACCCGAAGAUACGUUCUCUGGUCAACUACUGCUACGACUUGCGAUUCCAGCGACCUCGCCUCGAACAGAUCAAGGGCAAGAUAAUGAGCAUUUGCUUCAAAGAGAAGGUCAAGAUUUCACCCGCAAAGGUGGAGGAAAUCAUUGCAGCCACUAACAACGACAUCCGACAAUCCAUCAAUCACAUCGCCCUGCUCAGCGCCAAGGAGGACUCCGUGGGUAAAGCAGGACAACAGGUGGCCACCAAGGAUCUUAAACUAGGACCUUGGGAAGUCGUACGCAAAGUGUUUACGGCCGAAGAACACAAAAACAUGUCCCUGGCCGACAAGUCUGAUCUCUUCUUCCACGACUACAGUCUUGCUCCGCUAUUUGUUCAGCAGAAUUACCUCCAGGUCACUCCCCAAGGAAACAAGAAUGAUGUUCUCGCCAAAGUGGCUGCCACGGCAGAUGCUCUCAGUCUUGGCGACCUGAUUGACAAGAAAAUCCGCACAAAUAACGCCUGGAGUCUGUUACCUACACAGGCCUUCUUCAGCUCCAUACUGCCUGGUGAGCACAUGUGCGGCCACUUCACCGGACAGAUCAACUUCCCCGGCUGGCUGGGCAAGAACUCGAGGGCCGGAAAGCGCGCUAGACUAGCACAGGAGUUGCACGACCACACCAGGUCCUGCACCUCUGGCUCUAGGCUCUCCGUUCGCUUGGACUACGCCCCUUUCCUGCUGGACAAUAUUGUGCGGCCUCUUGCAAAGGACGGUCAAGAAGGUGUGUCCUCUGCCCUCGAUGUUAUGAAAGAUUACCAUCUGUUGCGCGAGGAUCUGGACUCGCUGCUCGAGCUUACCUCCUGGCCUGGCAAGAAGUCACUGUUUGAGUCUGUUGAUGGACGCGUGAAGGCUGCUCUCACCCGCUCGUACAACAAGGAGGUGAUGGCCUAUUCUUACUCUGCCCAGGCCGGCAUAAAGAAGAAAAAGGCGGAGGCGGCCGGCGGGGAUGAGGAUUACCCAGGUCUCGAUGAGGGCGAGGAAGAUGGUGGUGGUGGUGGAGCCGGCUCUGAGGACGACGAAGACAAGGACAACCUGGAGCUAGAUGGCUUGAUUAAGGCCAAAAAGAAGCCAGCUGCCAGCACAUCCAAGGCGGCUUCAAAGAAAGCUUCUUCUUCUACGGCAGCAAAGCCCAAAGCGAAAGCUAAAAAAUAGAUCUUAGAAAUGGAUUUUUUUCAAUUUUUUUUAUAGCAUGUCCCACAUGAAAUCAAGAAUGAAAUGCGAAUUAUUCCUAAAGCCCGUUUCUGCCAUUUAGUUUACUUCAUUGUUUAAAUUUUCUAUUGUAUACCAAUAAAUUGUUUAAGAGGUCCAUCCA